GGUCCACAUGUGAUUUCGUUGCUUAAACGAGAGCUGAAGAACGUUCGUCUCAGGUGCAUUCACAACGAAAUUGCCUAUUUUUUGGGGUGGCUUUCAAAGAGUUUCAUUGAAUCAUGAAGCUGCUCACGCACAACAUGUUGACAUCGCACGUAAAGGGGGUUACGAAAGGUUACCCGCUGCUCAUCAAGGCCUCGGAGGUGAGAGUGACGGAGGUGGAGUUCAACCCUCAGUUUGUCAGCCGCAUGAUUCCCAAGCUGGAGUGGAGCGCUCUGGUGCAAGCUGCUGAAGGGUUGGGCCACAGGCAGGCCUUACCUGCCGAUCUCAUUCCAGACUACGAGAAGAACGAGGAGUUCCUGAAGCAGGUUCACAGAGCUCUGUUGGAGGUGGAGGUGAUGGAGGGCAGCCUGCAGUGUCCAGAAUCUGGACGAGAGUUCCCGAUCUCCAAAGGAAUCCCCAACAUGCUUCUGAAUGAAGAGGAGGCGUAGGCGCUGGUCAGCCCUCUCUCUCUCUCUCUCUGUGCUCCCAGAGUGGCCAGCCUGGACUGUGGCCAUGACGACAUGGUUUUGGCUGAUAGUAGUUAUGGUUUGUGAAAAUAUAACCGAUGGAAACGUUCCCCGGAGACUAAACCCCGAGUGGUUUUAUCUGUAUUUAUUUUUGUCACUGUGUUGGCCUCUUUAUUUUUCAAUAAAAAAAUACUGAU